UGCAGCAUUUCAUGCAAAGAUUCUUUCACAUGGUCUCAUAUGAGGUUGUCGUAUUUCGCUCAGACACUGUGAUACUCUUUUGAUUUGGAAAUUUGGUACAUAAGAUAUGGCAUCUGAGUUCUGCCUCAGUCUCACCAAAUAUUUCCUGUUUGUCUUCAACCUGGUCUUUUUUUUUUUAGGAUCAGCCCUGUUGUCACUGGGAUUAUGGAUCAUGUUUUCUGAGACAAGUGUUCUCAUACCUGCCCCUCGCUUCAUAUCCCUGUCUCUCUUCUCCUAUCUGCUGAUCAUCAGUGGUGUUGUUACCAUAUCACUGGGCUUCUUUGGUAGCCUGGGUGCUCUGAAGGAGGUCAAGUGCAUGCUGGCAAUCUAUUUCAUCCUGCUCACUGUGUUGCUUGUGGCUCAGACAAUGGGUGGAGUGCUCCUCAUUACACAGAAGAGCGUAUUUGAGAAGUCCUUAGAAAGCCACGUUCAAAAACUUAUUCAGGACUUUGGGAAGAAUGACUCAAACCUGCGAGAUUUUGAACGAACUCUACUGGUUCUUCAACGUGAGGCCAAAUGCUGUGGAUGGUCAGGACCAUUGGACUGGAAACCGGACGCCCACUGCUCAUGUUAUUCUCCUAACAAUGUCACAGCUAAUAUUACCGACCAUAAUGAUCACUCAGAUAUACACACCUGUAACAUCACCACAUGGGAUAAACAUAAAAAGGGUUGCAAAGAGUAUGUUGAAGAAUGGUUGAGUGCACAUAUUCUGAUCAUUCUCAUGGUGGUUUUUGUCCUUGCUGUGGUAGAGUGUCUCCAAUGGGUGUGUCUUGUCACGUUCUGUUGCCUUAGCCACAGCUGUCGAUGUUGCCGCCUAAGAAAGCCACGUGGCAGCCAUGUUCAACUCUCCAGAGAUUUCAAUGUGGAGUAUUGGCAAGAUAAGUGGUUCGAUCCUUUCGAUGUGUCUGUAUAGACAGGCUUCUGUGGAUUACACCUUAACGAUGUACCGUUAAACCGCUACAGAAAGGAGAAGAACAUCAGCAAAGAAUUCUGCAAUACACACUGGCAGUUAUAUUACAACAUUAUGGAUUUCUGUAUAUUACUUAAGGCUUUUUAUAGCUCAUAGCUUAUGGUAACCUACUUUUUGAUGUAAAUAAAUUAUGAUUAUAAUGAACAGACUGUUGUGUGGUUAUAUGAAUGCUACUGUAUGGGUUUUUUGUUCUGAAAUUCAUAUUGGAAAUCCCCCCCAACCCUUCCAACAGUCCUUUAGGCCUGAUAUGUUGAUGGCAUGUGAUUUCUGUUACGCAUCUUCAUUCUCCUGCCUGUGCUGCCUCUCCUCCGGAUAGAAGACAAAAAAGAGGUGUAUAAUAUUUCACCAGCAUAAUGUUUCUCUAUUGUUAGAUGUACACAAAAGGUGACCUCGAUCUUGUGGUGACGCACUGAUACUCCUUUACAAAAAUCUUUAUCUUGUUUAAUGUAAGGUUUUAUCUUUUAAUGAUAGU